CCCCGGCCCCGGCCCCGGCCCCGGCAUGGCGGAUUCGCCCGGGGAGCGGCCGGCGAGGCGCUCCGCCCGGGCUGCCGGCGGCGGCGCGUGCUGCUGGGCGCUGCCCACGGCGCUGCUCUGCGCCUACGGCUUCUUCUGCAACGUGCGGCCGUCGGAGCCCUUCCUCACCCGGUACCUGCUGGGGCCGCACAAGAACCUCUCCGAGGCCCAGGUGUUCAAUGAGAUUUAUCCGGUGUGGACUUACUCCUACCUAGCGCUGCUGUUCCCUGUGUUCCUGGCCACGGACUACCUGCGGUACAAGCCGGUGGUGCUGCUGCAGGGCCUGAGCCUCAUCGUCACCUGGUUCAUGCUGCUGUACGCCCAGGGGCUGCGGGCCAUCCAGUUGCUCGAGUUCUUCUACGGGAUWGGGACUGCCACCGACAUCGCCUAUUAUUCCUACAUCUACAGUGUCGUCGAUAUCAACCUGUACCAGAAGGUCACCAGCUACUGCCGAAGUGCCACCCUGGUGGGCUACACAGUGGGCUCUGUGUCUGGGCAGGUCCUUGUGUCAGUGGCGGGAUGGUCCCUCUUCAGCUUGAAUGUUAUCUCCUUAACCAGCGUGUCCAUUGCCUUUGCCACAGCGUGGUUCCUGCCCAUGCCACAAAAAAGCCUUUUCUUUCAUCACGUCUCAAGACAGCGCCUUAGUUGUGAAAUGAAGGUCAUAGACUGUAAAAAUGGAGCAGCUGUCCAAGAUCAUCCUGAUGUGCAGAGGGCACCUGGUUGGGAGGAUGAGACCAAAGUUCCCUUAAAUGGGGAGGGUCAUUCAGCAGAGAAACAGAAGCAUAAAGUAGACAUCGCCAAGGUGCUGAAAGAUCUCUGGCAGGACUUCCUGCACUGCUACUCCUCCAGGACCAUGCUCUGCUGGUCUGUGUGGUGGGCACUGUCCACCUGUGGCUACUUUCAGGUCCUCAACUACGCUCAGGGCCUGUGGGAGAUGGUGCUGCCUGCUCAAAGCGCGGACCUCUACAAUGGUGCUGUGGAGGCAGCCUCAACGCUCCUAGGAGCCAUUGCAGUUGUUGCUGUGGGUUACAUCAAAACAUCCUGGGCAAUGUGGGGUGAAGUGGCACUUGCCCUGUUCUCCUUUCUUAUUGCUGCUGCUGUGUAUGUCAUGGACACUGUUCAUAACAUCUGGGUGUGCUAUGCAUCCUAUGUCAUCUUCAGGAUCAUCUACAUGAUGCUAAUCACAAUAGCAACGUACCAGAUCGCUGCAAAUCUCAGCGUGGAGCGCUAUGCCCUGGUAUUUGGGGCCAAUACUUUCAUUGCCUUAGCACUUCAGACUCUGCUCACUUUGAUUGUUGUGGAUGCCAGUGGGCUUGGCUUGGACAUUGUCACCCAGUUCUUGAUUUACGCCUCUUACUUUGCGGCCAUCUCACUGGUGUUCUUGGUCAGUGGCAUCUGCAGUAUUGUGAGAACUUACAGAAGACAAGAGCAGAUGCAAAGCAGAUCUCUUGAAAGCCAGCCAAGUGCACCAAGCAGGGACUCUUGGUGACUACAUAUGAAGAUAUAGGUCUGGUUUUAAUCUCUACCUUUUCUUCCCAAGGCAUUCACCUUAAUGGUAUAUGAUCUAUAUUUAUACUAUAUUAGUAGCACAUUUUAGAAGGUAAAUGUAUUAGCUCUUACGUAAGUAAGAACAAAUAUCUUCUUUCUAAAAUGCCUUUUGUUCUUCUGUUGCAUAUAUGGGAUGUGCAGCAAAGAACAGUAAAUUUUCUCAAAGAAUGAGAACCUUGGGAGGUUUUAGUCUAAUACUGUCCAUCUGCAGGCAGUUUUGUGAUUGUCUGGUCAACUGCUGCUCUCUGUCAUGAGGUGCUGCUACAGGGCAGAAAUGAGGGCAACACUAACUUGACCUCUCUGUGGAGAGCCUCAGGCCUGGUACAGGAGGUGGCCUGAGGGCUGUGCUCUGCAGUGUGGCUCUCACCAAGGCUGCCCUGUGAUGCUGGAUGCUCUGUUCUGAGAACUGCUACAUUAAUGUUUCUGCAUACGCACGUGCUUCCUUGAGGAGCUUGGACUGUUUCUCCUGUUCCUGUCUGUCAUCCCUGCUGCCAGAGCUUUACCAUAGCUGAUCAUGGUGCUUCCCCCAAACCACAACAAUGCCCCUGGGCAAUUUGUGGCACUGGUGGCUGGACUAUCAGCAGCACUACUUGGGCCACGAAGGCCUUGUGCCCAUGGUACUGUGAAGCUGGAGGGGAAGUUUAGAGGGAGUUUAAAAUGGCAAAAUGCUAAUCCAAGGCACCCUUGGAUAACUUUGCCUUUGUCCCUUAGGGCUUCAGGUUCUUAUGAUCACAGGAGCCUCACAGCCUGUUUCAAGGGGGUUGGUGGAAGUUCAUAUAGCACUGAGAAGGAAGAUAACUCACAGGAUUUUAAGCUAUUCUUUGAGCCUCUAGAGAAUUCUUCGAGCCUCUAGACUCUGGUUAUUAAAUAGAGACUUUCAGUUAUGGUAGUUAGCAGAAUGACUGCCCGAGGCUUUGGAAAAUGAUGAUUUAUGGUCUGUCASUUUUUCCCCCCCUUACUUUAAAAUGCCUUUAUGCUUUUGGUGGGYCUCUGUCCACUAGUUCUACCUCUUCGUUCCACAUGAGCAGAGCAAUGAAUGUUUAGACUGGGAAAUUCUUUURUUUUGUCCACUUUAAGCAAUUUGGGACUUGCCUCAUAUCUGUUUUUUAAAAAUAAUUUAUUUUUUCCAAAUUGCGUCAACACUGAGAAGAAGUUGCACAGAGUUUUCCUGGGCUUGGGCACCUGAUAUUCAGGCAGCAUGACCAUCAUAGCAGCAAAUGCCUUUGGAGUGUCCCURUUGCUGUGCAGGUUGUGGUGAGUUUAAAUGUACAGGAGAGCUGGCAAGGGAGAAUGUAGCCUUUCCCUCUAUGAUUUCUCCCUGUGUGUUCGUUAGAGAU